AUGAUUUUCAUGGGAUUAAGUGGUGAUUACAAUGCUAGAAUAAAUUUAAAAAUAAAAUUUAUUGUUAAAUCAAUAACAAAAGUUCUAACAAAGCAUUUAAUAUUAAUAAGUAUUUUAAAUUUAAUUAUUUCACUAUGUUACAAUUAUGUUAUAAACAGAGACAGUAAUCACCAGUUAAAUAUCGUAGCACACUUACUAAGAGGAACAUUUGUUAGCUCGGUACCAUCAUGUUUAACCAUAUCAUUAUUAAUAUUUUUUAAGGAGCACAGCUUGAAUAAUUAUAAGUACAAAGAAUGGAAUCUGCUAAAUGUAUUAUGUGUAAUACUAACCUUUUAUAGCAUAUUUUAUACUAAAACAGUUUUUUCAAAGGAUUAUGGGAACAAUAUAUACGACAUUUUAUAUGUAGCAUCCAUAUCGUAUAUAUUACAAAAAAGAUUUAAUACAAGAAAGUUGAAUAUUCAUGAUUUCCAGCACUGCAUCAAUGCAGAAACGAAAAAUAUAAUUGAGCUAAUUCAAAAGGGAAUAAUUUUAAAUAUAAUGCCACUCGCAUUCUCAUAUGUAUUGAGUUUUGUUGUUGACAUUUUAUUAACAAUAAUUAACAGUAUCAGCUUUAACAUUCUUAUAAAUAUUCUGACACACCCAUUUGAUGUAAUAUUGAGUUUGCCAAAAAUAUAUAACUUAUCAAAUAUUUAUGUUCUUAACAAUUUUUCAUAUUGUGUAUCCAUAUUUUCUUCCAUAUGGAUAACAACAAUAUUAGAGUAUCAUUUUAUUAUUUUCAAUUUCAUAUUUAAUAAAUAUGACUGUAAAGUUCUUACAUCAUUAAAUAAAUUUCCAAUGCAUAAUCAAUGUUCGUAUCAUGAUGAAUUCUUUGUUGUUACUUGUAUAUAUAACUAUCUAAAAGAUAUAAGUUACAGAAUAAAAGGAAAUAAUAUUGAGAUAACAAAUAUGGAUAAGAAAACGAAAUUAAAACUAUUGUUAUUUAAAAAAUUAAUAUUAAUCAACGCAAGUUUAAAAUAUAAAGAUGAGCUGAAUAUAUUAAGUCAUUUAUGUAAUCCAAUAAAUACCAUCUUAUUUGAAGACAACAAGUUUUGGAAUGCUUAUAUUGAUUCAUGUAUAUUAUGUAUUGAAGACUUAAUUAAUCAAUUAAAAAAAUACAUAAAUAUUUUAAAUCAUGACCAAACUAUUUACUCUGUUGAAGAAAAAUUAGAACUAAAGAGUGUAUUAGAAAAGCAUAGAAUAAGUAAAUUAAAGGACACCAUUGUAUUAACAUGCAUUUAUUUAAAGGGAGUUGCAUUAUGGUCUAUUGCAAUAAGUAUUAUCUGUAAAAAUGUUAUAGUGUCGGUUAUCAGGAAGUUAUCAUCAAUUAUAGUAUCCUUAUCAUAUGUUUUAUUUGACUUUUUAAAUUUUAUUAAAAUAAAUGAAUUAUAUGAUCCAUUACACCACCUACUUUAUGAAAUGAAUUCCAUUGUUGAUAUUUUUAAAUUUUAUAAGGAAGAUAUCUUAGAUAACAAAUAUCAAUAUUCAUACAAUUUAUACAAAGGCUUAUCAUAUUUAUUCAGAAGUAAUUCGUUAAAAUAUUAA